CCGAGGUGUUGAACGCGCUACUCAACGUCAUUCUCGCUUGGUGUCGAAAUGUUGCUUGAUAAUAGUCCGACAUUUGACGCCCGCGACGAUGUAGGACGAUACUUUUCACCAACAUCACGCGCUUUCCCUUGAUGACAUUAUUAAGCCACCACUUUUGACUAUCUACCUAGGACAGAGGUCAUCGCCGAUUAUCGUUCGCCAAUAUGUCGAUUGAACGCGCUUUGAAUGUGACCAGUACCGCCGAGGCACAAAUCCUCUACGACGACUGGGCCGAAAACUAUGAUCGCGACCUACUAGGCGCAGACCAAGACUACGUCGCGCCAGUCAUUGCCAGCGAGUACGUGGUCAAGUAUGUCGGUUCAUCUGCCAUUGCCAAGUCGAGAAUCCUGGACGCUGGAUGUGGAACAGGCCUUGUCGGGGCCAACCUCGCGAAGCUUGGAGCCACGCAGAUAGAUGGCAUAGACCUCAGCCAAGGGAUGCUCAAGGUCGCUGAGAGAUCUGGUGCGUACCAGUCUUUGAGCACGACAGACCUCUCCAAGCCUUUGUCUCAGGCCUCAAACUCUUACGAUACCGUCGUAUGCGUCGGUACGAUGACCGAGGGUCACGUGGGACCCGAAGCCUUUGACGAGUUUGUGAGAAUUGUCCGCCCUGGCGGGUUUGUUGUCGCAACGGUGUACGAGGCUGUUUGGGAGAAGAAUGGUUAUAAGGAGAAGAUUGCCUCACUUGACAAGUCAGAGAAAGUCAAACUCUUGAGUGAUCAGUUGGAAGACUAUCGACGUGGGCAAGGAGCGCAUGCGAUUAUGGUUGUUCUGCAAGUUCAGUGACGGAUGUUAAGAACUUAAGGAGUAGUCCGUAGAUGACAAACGAAAGAACCUAUAAUUAAAGCUAUGAGGAAUCGAAACUUACUGUUGCUGAGAUACAGGGAAGUUAAACAGGCCCUCUUCAUAAUACUAUGUGCAGCAAAUGAAGA